AUGUCUGAGUACGGUGUUCCGGACGCGCUCAGCUCAGGGCCUGAAAUAGACGCCUUACCCACUACCGACGACGCGAACGGCGAUGCGCCUGUGUUUCCCCUACUGCAAAACAACGACACUGGGAGCCCAUUAUCAUCUGAAGCCGCUGGAGGUCCUACAGUCGGAGAAGACGACGAUGACGAUGAACCCGCCGUAGCGAAACCCUUCGUGCGAACAACGAGUCCUGAUCCUAGCACCAGGGCGCUUCCAGAUAGCUUCGACGAUCGCGUUCCGGAUCGACUGAUUUAUAAAAUGCACAAGUUCAGUCUAUACGAGACAGCCAGUCGAUAUUAUAUCGUCGGUGUAGACGUCAGCGAGAAACGAUACCGCAUCCUCAAGAUUGAUCGCACCACCGAGGGUGCAGAGCUCAAUGUCACAGAUGACAAGAUUGUUUACAGUCUCAAGGAAAUGAAUCAACUGCUCGAUACCAUAGACGACGGGAACCGGGGCACAGGCGGUAUCAAGCUCCGUUGCACCACCUGGGGCUUGCUUGGGUUCAUCAAAUUCACGGGACCUUACUACAUGCUGCUCAUUACCAAGAAGAGCACUGUCGCCAUGGUAGGAGGACACUACAUAUAUCAGAUUGAAGGUACCGAGUUGGUUCCCCUUACGCCGGCAAAGUUCAAGCCAGAUGCUCGCAAUACCGAGGAGCAACGUUUUCUCGGCAUUCUGAACAACCUUGACUUGACCCGUUCCUUCUAUUACAGCUAUUCUUACGAUGUUACGCGCACGCUGCAGCACAAUGUCAUCCGGGAGCGCGACGCCUUAGCCAAAGGCAUGUUGCCGCCGGACAACGAGAACUUCAACUCGAUGUUCGUGUGGAAUGACUAUUUACUACAGCCCGCUGUUGCUGCCUUGCGGGAUCCAUACGAUUGGUGCCGACCGAUAAUUCAUGGGUAUAUUGACCAAGCAGCCCUUUCAAUUUAUGGACGUACUGCGCAUAUCACGGUUAUUGCAAGGCGGUCUCGCUACUUUGCUGGCGCCCGUUUCUUGAAGAGAGGGGCCAACGACCUCGUAUGUUAUUUGAACACCCAGAUUGGUACCAGCGAUUUGUAUUCUGACAACUGCCAGGGCUAUGUCGCGAACGAUGUUGAGACCGAACAGAUAGUAGCCGAGUCUCUUACGACUUCAUUUCACGCUCCAGGACCAGAGCUAUAUUGCAGCCCGCAAUACACUUCCUAUGUUCAACACCGAGGCAGUAUUCCGCUUUACUGGACCCAAGACAGCACUGGCGUUACACCAAAACCCCCGAUAGAGCUCAACUUGGUUGAUCCCUUUUAUGGAGCAGCUGCACUGCAUUUUGACAACCUGUUUGAACGAUAUGGAGCACCGAUUUAUGUUGUCAAUUUAAUCAAAUCAAAGGAACGAACACCACGCGAAUCGAAAUUGUUAGAGGAGUAUACGCACGCAAUCAACUACCUCAAUCAGUUCUUGCCAGAAGACAAGAAAAUCAUCCACAAAGCCUGGGACAUGAGCCGCGCCUCCAAAGUGCGCGGUGGGGAUGUUAUUGGCAACCUCGAACUCAUUGCAGAAUCAGUACUUGCUACGACCGGUUUCUUCCAGAAUGGCGACGGGUUGACCAGUCCCAUGACAGCGCAGAAUGGAGUGGCCCGAACGAAUUGCAUCGACUGUUUGGAUCGUACGAAUGCAGCACAGUUUGUUAUCGGGAAGAGGGCGUUAGGCCACCAGCUCCACGCUCUUGGUAUCUUGGAAGAUACAUCGGUCGAUUAUGACACUGAUGCUGUCAACCUUUUCACCCAUAUGUGGCAUGAUCAUGGCGACACCAUUGCCGUCCAGUACGGUGGUUCACAGCUCGUCAACACUAUGGAAACAUACCGCAAGAUUAACCAAUGGACCAGCCAUUCACGGGAUAUGAUUGAAAGCUUCAAGCGGUACUACAAUAACUCCUUUCUCGAUAGUCAGCGCCAGGAGGCUUACAACUUAUUUCUCGGUAACUACAUCUUCACUCAAGGCCAGCCGAUGCUAUGGGAUCUGGCCACUGAUUAUUACCUGCACCACGCCGAUCCACGAGAUUGGUCCGUUAAAAUGAAACAUGACUACAUCAAUUGGUACGCCCCAGCUCACCUGCAAGAGCGAAUUGUGCCGCCAUAUGUACCCAGUAAGGAUAUUGCUCGUGCUCGUCCAGUUGAGUUCUUCGAUGACUAUUGGCUGGAGUACUACAGGCCGUCCACGCUCUCUUCUUUCCCCAAGAUGUUCGCCUACAAGAUGAACUCGACUAUUAAAUACAUCCCCUUAAAAUCGACUCAGGAUGGCCGCUAUGACCUGAGCCCUUUCAGAGUUCGCACAGACAACGAGGUUGAUCAUAGCGACAAGAAAAAGGCCAAGAAAGAUACCUCGCCGCAUAAAAAUGCGUCGAAUCCAGCAAGGGGUGUGGCAGCAGGUGCAACUGCCGUAUCGGACGCAGUUUCCAGCCAGUCGCAGGCUAAAGGCAUCUCUCUUCAACGUUGGUUGCAGCCUACACAAGAUAAGUCUGUUCCCAACAAGUCUCUGCGUUCGGACGCGAAUCAACCGCUACAAACUCCUGAAGAGAGCCCUAAGGCAAAGCCCACCGCGCUGGAAAAGUCCAAAGCCGCUCAAUGGACCUUUACCAAAGCUGUUCACGAUUCCUUGAAUCCAUCUGUCGCUGAGCAAGAAUCCGAAGAUUAUGAGCGGUAUAUCAAACAUCCACAAAACCUUCCUUUGGUAAUUUCAAGUGAUACGCCUGUCGAUGUGGAUGCAUCCGAGUAUCAAGAGUACGUGGGUGGUGAAUGGCAAGACGAGGGUCUGAUGGUGAAAGGUACUGAAGAAGAGAUUGAUGUCUAUGCCGAGCUACUCAAAGUCGGGGAGAAUCCUCUGACAGUAACUGAGGAAGACGGUCCUAAGAAACGAUACAAAGCCUAUAGAAAAUGGCUGCGUGGGAAAUCCUUCUUCAAGCAGCAACCGUUGGACUAA